AUGACCGUGAGCACAUUGGCCCGCGAGAGGAAGGCGCCCCCCGCCUGCAACUGGAGCCUCAGUGGCCCCGACAUGAUCCCCUACUUCUCUGCCAACGCGGUCAUCUCGCAGAACGCCAUCAACCAGCUCAUCAGCGAGAGCUUUCUAACUGUCAAAGGUGCUGCCCUUUUUCUACCACGGGGAAAUGGCUCAUCCACACCAAGAAUCAGCCACAGACGCAAUAAGCAUGCAGGUGACCUUCAACAGCAUCUCCAAGCAAUGUUCAUAUUACUCCGCCCAGAAGACAACAUCAGGCUGGCUGUAAGACUAGAGAGUACUUACCAGAAUCGAACACGCUAUAUGGUAGUGGUUUCAACUAACGGUAGACAAGACACUGAAGAAAGCAUCGUCCUAGGAAUGGAUUUCUCCUCUAAUGACAGUAGCACUUGUACCAUGGGUUUAGUCCUGCCUCUCUGGAGUGACACCCUAAUUCAUUUGGAUGGUGAUGGUGGGUUCAGCGUAUCAACAGAUAACAGAGUUCACAUAUUCAAACCUGUGUCUGUGCAGGCAAUGUGGUCUGCAUUACAGAGUCUGCACAAGGCUUGUGAAGUCGCCAGAAUGCAUAACUACUACCCUGGCAGCCUGUUUCUCACCUGGGUGAGUUAUUAUGAGAGCCAUAUCAACUCAGAUCAAUCCUCAGUCAAUGAAUGGAAUGCUAUGCAGGAUGUGCAGUCCCACCGGCCUGACUCUCCAGCUCUUUUCACAGACAUACCAACUGAACGUGAGCGAACAGAAAGGCUAAUUAAAACCAAAUUAAGGGAGAUUAUGAUGCAGAAGGAUUUGGAGAAUAUCACAUCCAAAGAGAUACGAACUGAAUUGGAAAUGCAAAUGGUGUGCAACUUGCGAGAAUUCAAGGAAUUUAUAGAUAAUGAAAUGAUAGUGAUCCUUGGUCAGAUGGAUAGCCCUACACAGAUAUUUGAGCACGUGUUCUUGGGCUCGGAAUGGAAUGCCUCUAACUUAGAGGAUUUACAGAACCGAGGGGUGCGAUAUAUCUUGAAUGUCACUCGAGAGAUAGAUAACUUCUUCCCAGGAGUCUUUGAGUAUCACAACAUUCGGGUAUAUGACGAAGAGGCAACGGAUCUCCUGGCUUACUGGAAUGACACUUACAAAUUCAUCUCUAAAGCAAAGAAACACGGAUCUAAAUGCCUUGUGCACUGCAAAAUGGGCGUGAGUCGCUCAGCCUCCACUGUGAUUGCCUAUGCGAUGAAGGAGUAUGGCUGGAAUCUGGACCGAGCCUAUGACUACGUGAAGGAAAGACGAACAGUGACCAAGCCCAACCCCAGCUUCAUGAGACAGCUGGAAGAGUACCAGGGGAUCUUGCUGGCAAGCAAACAGCGGCAUAACAAGCUCUGGCGAUCUCAUUCAGAUAGUGACCUCUCGGACCACCACGAACCCAUCUGCAAAGCAGGACUAGAACUCAACAAGAAGGAGAUCACCACCUCAGCAGACCAGAUUGCCGAGGUCAAGACCAUGGAGAGUCACCCACCCAUACCUCCCGUCUUCGUGGAACAUGUCGUCCCACAGGAUGAAAAUCAGAAAGGCCUGUGUACCAAAGAAAGAAUGAUCUGCUUGGAGUUUACUUCUAGGGAAUUUCAUGCCGGACAGAUUGAAGAUGAAUUAAACCUAAAUGACAUCAAUGGAUGUUCAUCGGGGUGUUGUCUCAAUGAAUCAAAAUUCCCUCUAGACAACUGCCAUGCAUCCAAAGCCUUAAUCCAACCUGGACAGGACCCAGAAAUGGCCAACAAGUUCCCAGACUUAACCGUGGAAGAUUUGGAGACAGACGCACUGAAAGCAGACAUGAACGUCCACUUACUGCCCAUGGAAGAAUUGACAUCCCGCCUGAAAGAUCUCCCCAUGUCCCCUGAUCCUGACUCACCAAGCCCCCAACCCAGUUGCCAGGCUGAAGUCUCAGAUUUCAGUACAGAUCGCAUUGACUUUUUUAGCGCGCUAGAGAAGUUUGUAGAGCUUUCCCAAGAAACCCGGGCCCGAUCUUUUUCUCACUCAAGGAUGGAGGAACUGGGUGGAGGAAGGAGCGAGAGCUGUCGACUGUCAGUGGUCGAGGUAGCCCCUUCCGAAGCGACAGCUGAUGACCAGAGGAGCAGCUCUCUGAGUAAUACUCCCCAUGCAUCCGAAGAAUCUUCAAUAGAUGAGGAGCAGUCAAAGGCAGUCUCAGAACUGGUCAGCCCAGACAUCUUCAUGCAGUCUCACUCAGAAAAUGCAAUUUCAGUCAAAGAAAUCGUCACUGAGAUUGAAUCCAUCAGUCAAGGAGUUGGACAGAUUCAAGUGAAAGGCGACAUCCUAUCCAUUCCAUGCCAUACACCAAAGAAGCACAUCAUCCAUGAGCUGCCCCUUGAGAGGGCCCAAGCCGCAGAGAACAAACCUGGAAAUCUGGAGCAGGGUGGAGGUUCCUGCACAGCCCAGCCUGAACUAGCCAAAGACUCAGGGAAGUGGGAGCCAGAAGGGUGCCCAGUGGCACACGCAUCCACCACAGAGUUGGAAGAAGAGGAACCAGCUGAGGGGGAACCAGAGCUCUGGGGCCCAGGGAUGCCCCCGGGUGCCAAGUGGUGCCCCGGGUCUGUGAGGCGAGCCACCUUGGAGUUUGAGGAGCGCUUGCGGCAGGAGCAGGAGCAGCACGGUGCUGCCCCUGCUUGUGCCUCGUUGUCCACUCGUAAGAAUUCCAAGAAUGAUUCUUCUUCUGUGGCAGAUCUGGCAUCAAAAGGGAGGAGUGAUGAAGCCACCCUAGAACAUGCAUUUGUCCCCAAGGAACCAGAGAUGAGCAAGGGCAAAGGGAAAUGCAGUGGGUCUGAGGCUGGCUCCCUACCCCAUUCUGAGCAGCAUGCCAUCGUUCUAGCACCCGAGCUGCCAGAGUCUCACCCGUUGCCAGCUCCUCAGAAGUGCCCAGGGUCAGGUCCCAGAACACAGCAGGAAGGAGUCCUGAAGGAGCAGAGGACUUCGGUCUCAUGCCAGGGACCUGAGACACCAGCAGUCCCUCUGCCUCUUCCCAAGAAGAUAGAAAUCAUUGAAUACACCCACGCAGUCACGACACCUGAUCACGGGCCAGAGGGGGAAACAGCCACCAGCGAAAAGAGUGGGGAGCAGGGACUGAGGAAAGUGAAAGUGGAGGAGUCCGUCACUGUCCUCUGUGCACUGGAUGAAAAUCUGAACCGGACACUGAGCCCCGACCAGGCUUCUCUGCACCCCAGAGUGCUACCUCUGCCUCACUCUUCCUCUCCCGAGCCUGAGCACGGCAGGCCCGCCCACCCAGCCCCCACCUUGAGCAGCCCCGGAGACUGGGGCAACAGCCCAGCAGCUGCCCUGGAGAUGGCAGCGCCUUUUGUCAGUCACUCAACCCACAUACUUGGUGCCAGCUUGGCUUACCUGCAUCCCCAGACGGUGAUUCACCUGGAAGGCUUCACAGAGCAAAGCAGCACCACAGACAAUGAGCCCUCUGCAGAGAAGGGCAGCUGGGAGGAAAGUCAGGAGGGCCCCCUCUCCAGGGGCAGUGAAGUGCCAUAUCAGGGCUCCCAGUUAAGUAGCGAAGACCUGUGUUUAAUUAGCAGACUCGGUGACGGUGUUGGGGAGCAGCAAGAAAAACUGGACCUAUCACCUGUAGCCUGUCAGCUCCCACACAGCCCUAGUAGUGACGGUAUAAAGGGUCUCAGUCACAGCCCCAGUGGGGUGAAGGAAUGUGCUAAAGAUAUCAAGUCCCGAGAGAUUUCCCAGGUAGGGCUCCCCAAACCAUCGCAAAUGAGGCGUUCAGCUUCCCUCGCCAAGUUAGGUUACCUGGACCUCUGUAAAGACUGUUUACCGGAGAGGGGGCCUCUCUGCUCUGAGUCCCCUCAUCUCAAACUGCUUCAGCCCUUCCUCAGAAUGGGCUCAGGAAUGGAGGCCCAGGAGCCCCCAGAAAACCCAGAUGCUCCCCAGAACCUAGAGCCCACCAAGUGUUUCAUAGAGCAAUUCAAAACAGCAGAGUGUAUCGCACAGAGCAAGCCGGUGGAGAGGCCCCUUGUACAGUAUGCCAAAGAAUUUGGUUCCGGUCAGCAGUGUUUGCUCCCCAGGGCAGGACCUGAAUUGACUAGUUCUGAAGGAGGCCUUCCUUUGGUACAGACCCAGGGACUGCAGGGUGCAGGCCCAGCUCCAGGGCUGGCUGUAGUGCCCCGUCAGCAACACGGCAGAACUCACCCCCUAAGGAGACUGAAAAAAGCAAAUGAUAAAAAACGGACAACCAACCCCUUCUAUAAUACCAUGUGA